AUGUCAACCACCCGAUCGAUCGCCGAGGCACCACCAGAAUUACAACAAAAGCUCGAGGAUGCUGGUUAUGAGACGAUUAACGAUAUCAAAGAAGCGGGUGUCUUGCAAGUCAUUCAAGAGUUGCAGCUAUCGUCUUCCGAGGUUACUAUUAUGUUGUCACUUGUGCAAGGAGGGCAAAUCCAUUCUUCUCAAUCAGCAAAGGAUCGACUCGUCGCCGAUAGCAGCAAAACGGGAAUCAGUUGUGGAUCACGCGCCUUGAAUAAUCUAUUUGCAAGUUACAAGGGGAUUCCUUACGGCUGCAUUACCGAGUUUUGUGGAGAGGCUGGAUCAGGCAAAACACAAUUAAGCAUGCAGCUGGCUGUCAAUGCUUUGUUGCCGAGUGAAUUUGGUGGAUCCAAUGGGGAAUGCAUGUAUAUCGACACCGAAGGUGGACUGGUACCAAAAAGACUACGUGCCAUUGCUACAGCUAUGCAGGAUCAAUAUCCGGAUCAAGUGGAAAAUGAUGAUUUACUGAGCAAGAUCCAUGUCUUUAGGGUGUUUGAUCAUUGCGAACUCAUUGCUCUGAUACGCCAGCUACCUGAUAUCUUGAAUGAAAUGGCACAGAUCAAGCUAUUGAUUAUUGAUACGAUCACCUUUCCAUUACGACUCAAUAUCAGUGACAUCCGUUUACGCAAUUCUUUGCCGAGUUUUCUUGGACGCACGUUGCUAGAUAUAGCGAACAAACAUACCAUUGCUGUUGCAGUGACCAACCAAGUGACAACUGAUAGGGUCAAUGAAGCUUUAACCCCUGCCCUUGGAGCAAGCUGGGGUCAUUGGUGUGCAAACAGAGUAUUCCUCUAUCGGAGACGAGACAAGAGGCAUGCUUACCUUUAUAAGUCCUCAUUGGGAGUAUCGGAUCGGACGGUGCAAUUUAAGAUAUCGGACCAUGGUAUAGAAGAUGGACUCGAUCAGGAAGCUGAUGAACAAGGACAAAAUGAGAGUAUGACGCAAGACAAUUGUCCUUGGAACACAAUGAACAAUGAGGAAGAUUUAUUUUGGGAUGCGGAUGCGGAUGAUCAUCAAAAGCCGGAAGCUCAACCCACAACUAGUACCAUUCAACAACCCAAGCCGAUCUCAACACCACAGCCAUCGACUCCUCAUCCACCUACCCUCAUACGUGAUACAUCAAUGCACGAAGCAACAAUCCCAUCCAAACGCAAACAACCAGAGGAAUCGAGUAACGAGCAUGAUGAUUGGUCAAGCGGCGAAGAGGAUGAUUAUCGCUUUCUUGCUGGAUUUGAGGACUCGCCUUCGUUUUGA